UUUAAUACCGGAUAUGGAACGUUUAUUACGACAGAGAGAGAAACUAUAUCGAUUCACAAGAAGCGGUGUAUACUUCGGCAUGUUCGGAACCUAUCCAUUGCUAUAUUUAUACUGUCCUUGUUGGGCGUAAUGUUCGGUGUUAUAAUGGCGAGCAGAUCCAGACAGUUCCCCUAUAUGUUGGCACCCCCUGCAGGCCUGGCAAGUGCAGUGCUUGUGUUGAUGGCAAGAAACCAUUUUGGAAGAGAAGCUUCGUCGAAGUUAAACUUUCUAGGAGAAUUUUUCAGCGUGGUCUUUGGAUUUGCUGGGAUCUGUCUGUGGGCUGUUCUUGGAGUUGGUGGAGUUUGGGUUUUAAUAGAUUGCAUCAGACUAAAGCUGGGCCGUGUUUAUGUAAAAGAGGCGUUGACGGCUGGCGACGUCAACGUUAACAUUGUUUUAUCUGCGAUAUCCCUUGCAAUAUCUCUAGUCAUGUGCCUUUUGACCGCACUUUUCGUGAGUCUGUUUCUAUACGGCCACAUGACGUUUGGGAAAAACAGUAACCACAUUUCCAGACAAGGACAACCUGGACUAGACACCAUGGCAGAUGGUCCAAAAAUCGAAUAUGCAGUAAAAGAAGCCUAG